UAAAUUCUUUCGAAAAUAAUUCGAUUCGACGCGAGAGAUGUUUGUUGAAAUUUCUACUUUUAUUAUAACUUAUCUGUCAUGGAGAUAUAACGAUCGAUCAUAUCGAGAUAAGAUGAUACGUUAUUUGAAUAAUUAAUCUUCGAUCUUAAUUAAAUUUCUCUUCGAGUGUAGAAAAAACAAAAGGAAAUAUGAAAUUUGCCUGCGAUUAUCGUUACGAGGGGCGAAAAUCAAACGAUCCCAUGCUUUUUUCCCGCUGUCUGUUCUCCCGCCUGAGAGAGAAAAAAGAAAAGAAAAAAAAAAAAAUAGAACCGAAACGUUCGAAAAGAGGAAGAUCGGAUCGUCCGGGUAACCAAGAAACAAAACAAGCAAAUUCAUCACUUCGUGACCACCUUUCAUCCGCGCAUCGUCAAAAUUUCAAGUGACCCCGGAAACAGACUCCGAAGCGUGUUAAUGUCGUCGUUUCUCGUUAGAUUGGGCCUGGUCUAACAUCAGGGGAUCGACGACAUUAAAAUUCGUGGACAUGGAAUGGAGAUAUUGGCAUAAUUCCCUAUAAUUGCACGCAUCCGUAAUAGAAGAAAGUAAACAAUUUUUUUUCCAUUUAAUAAUCACUCGUGCUCGCGAUAAUUUAUUAUCGUAUAUAAUAGAGAAUAGAAUAAUAAUAUUAUAUCAACCUUUCAGAUUUUCCUCGACGAAAUAAUAUCGGGAUAAAAUUAAUCCAUCUUUUUUCUUGUUCUUCCAACAGCUCUCGAAUUCGAUAUCCGUUGAUUCUAAAACGAUUUAAUUCAAUUUCUUCUUUGGUACAAAAAAAGAAUACUCCAGAAAUAUGUCGUGUUAUCGCUCUUGCUGUUCUCCAUGCUGCUCUCCACCAUCCUGUCCUCCACCAUCCUGUCCUCCGCCACCCUGUCCUCCACCACCCUGUCCUCCACCCUGUCCUCCACCCACUAUCGUAUGCAGACCACCCUGCCCCCCUCGUUGCCCCCCUCAACCAACUAAAACAACAGUGAGUUUCAAAUGUAUAAAUAACUGUUUCCAAAAAAGAAAAGAAAAAAAAAAAAUAGAACCGAAACGUUCGAAAAGAGGAAGAUCGGAUCGUCCGGGUAACCAAGAAACAAAACAAGCAAAUUCAUCACUUCGUGACCACCUUUCAUCCGCGCAUCGUCAAAAUUUCAAGUGACCCCGGAAACAGACUCCGAAGCGUGUUAAUGUCGUCGUUUCUCGUUAGAUUGGGCCUGGUCUAACAUCAGGGGAUCGACGACAUUAAAAUUCGUGGACAUGGAAUGGAGAUAUUGGCAUAAUUCCCUAUAAUUGCACGCAUCCGUAAUAGAAGAAAGUAAACAAUUUUUUUUCCAUUUAAUAAUCACUCGUGCUCGCGAUAAUUUAUUAUCGUAUAUAAUAGAGAAUAGAAUAAUAAUAUUAUAUCAACCUUUCAGAUUUUCCUCGACGAAAUAAUAUCGGGAUAAAAUUAAUCCAUCUUUUUUCUUGUUCUUCCAACAGCUCUCGAAUUCGAUAUCCGUUGAUUCUAAAACGAUUUAAUUCAAUUUCUUCUUUGGUACAAAAAAAGAAUACUCCAGAAAUAUGUCGUGUUAUCGCUCUUGCUGUUCUCCAUGCUGCUCUCCACCAUCCUGUCCUCCACCAUCCUGUCCUCCGCCACCCUGUCCUCCACCACCCUGUCCUCCACCCUGUCCUCCACCCACUAUCGUAUGCAGACCACCCUGCCCCCCUCGUUGCCCCCCUCAACCAACUAAAACAACAUGUCGCAUUCCUGUUAACACCAAGGAGCAAGGAGUUCAAAAGGUUUCUUUCGAAAGGAUUCGAGGACCAGACUCGUGCAAUCUAACGAGAAUCAUCGACGGAAGCGUGAUAUUGAAUUUUUGUAAAAAGGAAAAAAAGAAAAAAGGGAGUAAACACAUAACGAAAUUUAUCCGAAGAAAAUCUCUCGCGAUAAAGGAUGAAGGAUGGAAGAAAUCUUGAUCAACGAGCAACGGAACGAUCUCUGCUCUGUUAUAUUAAACCCUGUCCCUCUUCUACCGGCUUCUUGAAAGUUGCACGGCGAAAGAAGCACGAUGAUUCCAAUUUCCAAUCGAAUCAAUUUUCCAAUUAGAGAAUCUGAUUUUACGAAUCGAAACACGACAUAAAAGAGAGAGAGAGAGAGAGAGAGAGAGAGAAGAGAUAAAAUUAAAAAUCGAUUCAACGCACGCAUCACCUCAUCGAAAAGCUUUUUCUUUGAAACGACGGGAAAUCAAAAUCGAGAAAUCGUAUAGAUACGCGAUUAUAUUAAUUCGAAAAAGUUUUAUUUUUUUUUUUUUUUUUUCUUUUCAAUUUCAGAUAAUUUUCGAUCGAACGCCUGCCAUUUCCACGCGAGUUCCACGCGUUUUACGUUGCAUCGGCAUACAUUUUCCCCCCUAGAUAAGAUGCAACGUGAUGCAACGUGAAAGAACUACGUGGAAAGGAAUCGAUAUUUGCCUGUCGAUAAAUAUUAUCGAUCUAUUAUUAUUCGUUACUCCCAUCAUAUCAUCAUCAUUCUUAAGUGGACGAACGUGAGUACGAUGUACUUCAGUAUUUGAUCACGUUGAUCGCAAUAGAAAACAGGUACCAUUCAUUUUUUACUGUGAUUUUUUUUUUUUUAUGAAUCAAGUCACGUUGUCAAGGUUUUGGUACGGUUGCGACAACGGAAUGACUGAUUUUGUCGUAUCACGUUCGAGGUGAAAAUUUUGAAGUUAUCUCAGAGUUUAUCAACCUCAAAUAAAACGGAAAAAAAUAUACUAUCACGUAUUCUGUGUGCUUCUUUUUGUACAUGAUACGUAAUAAAAAUAGCAAAAGUA